AAAUAGCUGGCUGUUGGCUUUUAUUUGAAUUAUAACAUUCAAUUCUUACCAUUUAGCGCUUGCCUCUUGCACUCCUCUCUUGUUAAGCUUUGGAUUGUAUGUGAAGCCUAGCUACGUCUUGGAUGCAACAAAGAUUUUAUAGGCUUGGAGAGGCCCACCCCUUCAGUCAUGAGUGAGUCUGAUCUGUUUCUACGACAACAGGACAUAAACAAAUGGGGUAUCACUAUCACCACUAACACCAGUUGAAGCCAGUCAGUUGCCAUUUACAACAGUGCCAAGUCCACAACUGAUGGGUAAAUAAUCUCUCAUCCUAUUGGAAGGGAGCUUAAAAUCGUACACCAUGCCCACCAAAUCCAGGAAAUCAAGGUCCCACAUUUCAAGCCCCGCCAAGAAGAGUGGGAGUCAAAAAGCACCCCAAAAGACGUCCUCUAGUGCCAAAUCCCCCAAGACAGAGGUGGACAUUCUCAGCCCAGCAGCCAUGGAGAACGUCUACUACAUUUCUCACAAUGCAGUGGAUUGUCUGGUGUUCAGGGGCUUUGGGUGGCAAAAUUCAAAUAAAAAGAAAAAAAAGAAGGGAACAAAACGGAAGAAGAAAAAGUAAAUUAUCAUUUUUGCCAAACAAAAGUAAAUUUCCCCUCUCUUCGGUUAAAAUGUGUUUAAAUAUGAAAUAAAAAUAAAGUUUUUAAUACCUUGCUGAUGGCCCCAUCUGGUGGACACAUUUUUCAAAAUACAGCAGUGGA